CAGGCAGUCACAACCAGUCACCUAAUGACACAAUCAGCUCAUUGUGCCACUGAGUAAUACAGGACACGCUCAAGGUGAAAGAGGGAGAGAGACGGGUGCUCCAGAGAGUGCGAGAGACAGCCAGAAACCAGAGAACUCCAGCGAAUCCAGAGGAAUUCAGCGCGACAUCCAAUGGCGUCAGAGCAGAAACUACAGAGCACUGAUGAAACGCAAAUGUCAAAUGUCAGCACUGCCAUAAACCCUCCAUGUGACAGCCAAAUGGCCGGCUGCUGUGCUCCCGACUCUGGCCACAAGGGGGAGCCAGUGGUGCAUCUAUUCACAGCUCCACCUGAGGACAGGAGGGAACAGGUAGAGGGGACAACAGUGAACGAGGGGCAUGGGGUAGUUACAGGAGGGCAGCGCGAAGGAGGAGAGGGAGCAGGGACAGAGGAGAGGAAAAAGGAGGAAGAAGAGAAGGCGACCGAGGAAGAAACCUCUCACCAGGUGACCAAGGCAGAGGAUUCAGAGAAUAGAGAGGAGGUCCCUGUAGGGUUAUUGGUGUCACUGGAUGAAAAUGGUCCAUCAGCUGAGGAAAGAGCAGACCAAGGGCCACAGGGGACGGGUGAAGAGACAGGGCCGCAGGUGACAGGUGAAGAGACAGCGCCAGAGGCAACAAGGCCACAGGUAACAAGCGAUGAGACAGAUGUACAAGGAAGAGGUACAGGUCUACUGAGGACACGUGAAGAGACAGGGCCACAGGAGGUAGGUGAAGAGACAGAUAUGCAAGGAAGAGGUGAAGAGACAAGGCCACAGGUGACAGGUGAAGAGACAGGGCCACAGGUGACAUGUGAAGAGACAGGGCCACAGGUGACAUGUGAAGAGACAGGGCCAGAGGUGACGGUUGAAGGGAAAGGACCACAUGUGACGGUUGAAGGGAAAGGACCACAGGUGACAGAUGAAGAGAAAGUGGUACAGGUGACAGGUGACGAGACUGAGGUACAGGUGACAGGUGAAGAGACAGGACCACAGGUGACUGGUAAAGAGACAGGACCACAGGUGACCGGUAAAGAGACUGAGGCACAGGUGACAGGUGAAGAGACAGGGCCACAGGUGACUGGUAAAGAGACAGGACCACAGGUGACUGGUAUAGAGACUGAGGCACAGGUGACAGAUGAAGAGACAGGGCCACAGGUGACUGGUAAAGAGACUGAGGCACAGGUGACAGAAGAAGUGACCGGGGUGCAAGGAACAAAUGAUGAAAAGGAUGCCCAGGCUAAAUUGGAAGAGACCUGUCCUCAAAGUACAAGUGAGGAGACAGAUGAUGACCGUGCUCCACCAGCCACCAUUCCCGAGAUAGGAGAAAAUGUAGGAACAGGUGAGGAGACAGGUGCACAGGUGUCAAAUGCAGGGGAGAAGUGGAUAGACAUGCUGGUCCACAAUAUAGUGACAGAGGUGACAGGUGAGGGGGUUUCUACAGAAGCCCAGGUGUCUGCAGAGACUUCAAAUACCAAUGCAGUCAUCUCAGAGGGGGAAGAACAUUCCAACACGCAACUGACGGGAACGGAAACAAUGACAGGUGACAAGGUGACAUUGCAGGGAGCAGGUGCAGCCGCACAGGUGAGUGACAGACAGGUGUCUAUUGACAGCACAGACAUAGCUGCACAUGAGUCAGACGAGAAGGCGGGGAUGCAGGUCAGGACCGAAGUGAAAGGUACACCAGAACAGCUAAAUGAAGAACCAACAGGUGUAGACACGCAGGUGGAGGAGGCAGCCACACGCAGGGAAGACUCAGCAGGUGCCCAGGUGAUAGGGGAGGAAGUUCACGAGGAAGAAGGUGGACAGGUGAUCGCCUCAGUGGAGGAAACAGACAGGGAAGUGACACCUGAUGUGGAAGCACUCCCCAGCAGGGAGGGGACAGCAGACCAAGACCGGCCAGUAGCAUGCCGGGAGAAGGAGUGGCCGUCUCAUAUUUGCACUGCCAGUGAGGUAAGAACAGUCACAGCAGGGCAGGGAGACAUACAGCGAGGGUCAGAUACACCAAAGGAACCUUCUGACAAGACACCUGAGAUGAAGGAAAGAGAAGUCUUAGAAGAUGGGCCUUCUCCGACAGAAGAAACCCCCAUAGAGCGUGAGAUCCGCCUGGCCAUGGCAAGAGAGAUGUCUCUACGUCAAGAAAGGGGCAUUAGCUCCCCUAUUGCGCAGCCAGAGUUGGUAGAGGUGCGCAGAAGGACAAUAUCGGUGGAGCCGAUGGCGGUUCCUGGCAAAGAACGUCAGCUGGCGGGGGCACAGAUGCAGAGGGAGAUCCAGCUGGAGACGCAAAGAGAGCAAGACUUGGUGGAGCUGGGCAAAGUAAUGGGCACCUAUGACCGUGGACAUCAGCAGGAGCUCCAGGAAAUGAAGUUGAUCUUUGAGAGCAUGAACACAGAGCCAUCCGAUGCUCCCAUCAAGAAGAAACAAAGUGAGCCCCAGCAGCAGUCAGUGCCCGAGGAGGCUCCUCCAUCAACUGUCCUAGUAUCAAACAACUAUGUGGCUCCUGCAAAAGAGACCAAGAAGGGGCCUUCGUAUGCCGAAGCCAAUGGCAGCAAUGUUAUCAUCAUAGAGCACAGCUCUCUGCUCCGAAUGUCUGCUCCAGGGAAUACCUUCAGCUCCGCCCCUGCUGAUUCCCGUUGGUCAGCCCCUGCUGAUUCCCAUCGCUCCGCCCCCAAGGAUUCCCGACGAUCAAUACCUGCUGAGAUCACCCAUACAAACUCAUCGGGAUCUCCUCUGCCCAACUCUGAUGACUCUGCUAUUCCUCCUGGAAGCCCUUUUCAGCUCCUCCGUUCACCAAGUCCACGUUCCCUGCUAGAGAGAGAAAUAGAAGAGGUGAAGGAGAGAGAGAAGGAACUCCAGAGGCAGAGAAGUAGCAUAUAUGGGAAAGAUGACGGCGUUGUGGAGAACACUCAGAAAACACAAGAGAUCACCUCCGACAUCCAAAGCUUUUACCAACCAGAGCGUCCAAACUGGAGGAGGCUAGAGGUUAACUGGCCGCCGAACAAAGAGGCUGAAAUGAAUGGACAGCAGCAGUGAUUUAUUACUGAUAUCCCUGGAAUCUGGUUUUGAACAGUCCACGCAACCGGCGGCAGCGCAGCGCUCUCAUCCAGAGCUGGGAAUCUGGAAACCCCAAUCCCAAGGAUGAUGAAUAAGGAGAGGUUAGGAGAGGACUUAGUAAACAAAACUUGGGAUAUGUGGAUGAUACUUCCUUACCUCUCCUCUUACACAUGAGAUAUCAGACUGCCGUCCUCCUCCUCAACUCCCAUUUUAGUGCAUCAGAUGUCACCUUAACAACUGACUAUGCCUCCUGCAUCACAUGAUCAGUAUCUAAUCUGCCAAUCAAGCUUUUGUAACCUGUAAAAAAUUAUUUGUAAUAAAUGAUAGAAAAUG